CGACCUCUAGAAUAAACUUUCCGUCACCAGCACAUUUUCGUUAGGAAACACAUUAUGGCUCCUUCACAAGCCAGUCGUAAAGGAAAGGGCACGAAGCCGCGCAAGACCUCCCGGCCUCGGCCAAUCUUCGAAUCGCCAGACACAGUCUUUCCCUCGUCGAAGAAGGACAAGCGCACGAUCAAGCACUCUGUCUUCGUCAAUAAAAUUACCAAGACGCACACCAAGCCCCUGAAGCGUCGGAGGCCGAACAAGAAACUGGUGGCCAAUCUCGAGUCGCUUGCAGAAGCUUUGCCAGAUCUUGCUGAAACUGAAGAUGGCGGAUCAACGACAAUUGGAAUGGCCAAAAUACGACACAAAAGCCUGAAGAGUCGACCGGGUGCCAUGAAGCGCAAGGAGAAGAUUGAGCACCUAGAGCGGGAGAGAUUUGGGAAGAACCUGGCGCAGAUGAUGGGCAGCACACUCAGCCAGCCGGACACCGCAAAAACCGCUACAAUCGCAGAUCGCUGGUCGGCUCUGAAGUCCUUUGUCCAGAGCACGACAGAAGUGAAGCCAGAAUUUGGUAAAACCUGAAGAGGCUCAGGGUGAGUCAAGAUUGAGCAUCUACAAUAAUUGCGGCCCCUUUAGACUUUCGAUGUCCCACUUAGAGGACCUGGAUGUCAGACAGGCGGAGUUCUCCAAUGAGAAACGGAACAGCCGCGGUGUUGCUAUCCAGCCAACGCGAUGGCCUUCCGCGUUCCGAUCAAACCUUAGGCAUUAGCCCAUACAUUUCGUAGAGAACACGCUGGUCAUACCGCUUGGCUGUGGCUAAUUACAUAGAGAAGCCCUCGCUGGAGCUAGCAAGACAGCCCUCAAAGGAGGAGCAGCCAAAGUUAGAAUGCAAAUGAAUACAACG